UAAGUUAACGUGCUCCACGGUGAUUGGAAUACGAAGGUUGUUCAUUCAUUUACCAAAGUGAAGUGAAGUAGUAAUAGUAAUAUACUGCUUAGCAAGCACGAGCAAGACAGUGUUCAGUUCAGACACGAAAGACAUUCUCUCUCUAUCUCUGAGAUUGUAAUUGAUGGAUAAAAUUCAACACAAGUUUGUUAACGUGGGAGCUCUUAAACUCCACAUAGCUGAAAUUGGAAACGGUCCAAAAGUUGCUGUAUUCCUCCACGGCUUCCCGGAGAUAUGGUACUCCUGGCGCCACCAGAUGAUAGCCAUCGCCGGUGCUGGAUUCAGAGCUAUUGCUCCCGAUUACAGAGGCUACGGCCUAUCUGAUCCACCACCUGAACCAGAAAAGACCACCUUCUCUCAUCUUCUCGACGACCUCCUCGCAAUUCUUGAUGCUCUUUCUCUUUCCAAGGUGUUUCUUGUUGGAAAAGAUUUUGGAGCUUCUCCUGCAUAUCUAUUCUCCAUUCUACACCCAGAAAGGGUGUUAGGAGUUAUCACAUUGGGAGUUCCAUAUGCUCCACCAGGACCCUCUAUGCUUCAUAAAUACCUCCCAGAAGGCUUCUACAUGUUGAGAUGGAAGGAACCAGGAAGAGCAGAGGCGGAUUUUGGACGCUUUGAUGCAAAAACUGUUGUGCGAAACGUUUAUAUCCUUUUCUCAAGAAGUGAAUUACCAAUAGCUAAUGAAAACCAGGAGAUCAUGGAUUUGGUGGAACCUGAUACCCCUCUUCCCUCUUGGUUUACUGAGGAGGAUCUUUCAACUUAUGGAGCCUUGUAUGAGAAAUCUGGAUUCCGAACCGCAUUGCAGGUUCCAUAUAGGACAGUAGGUGAUGAUUUGAAGUUGCCAGAUACUGUGGUCAAAGUUCCAACACUGCUGAUAAUGGGUGGCAAAGAUUAUGUUUUCAAGUUUCCAGGGUUUGAGGAUUUAAUAAAAAGUGAAAAGGCUAAAGAGUUUGUUCCCAACUUGGAGGUUACAUUUAUUCCAGAGGGAACUCAUUUUGUUCAAGAACAAUUUCCUGAACAGGUGAAUCAGCUUAUCCUUGCUUUCCUAGCCAAAAACACUUGAAGUUUGGUUAUGAAUUGAAUGGUGUAUUUGGAUGGGCAAGUUUGGAGUGUGUAUCGAACUAUUGUUUUUGAAGCAACACGUGUGAAGUAAAUCAGUGAUGAGAUUUAUUAUGGCUAUGUUUGGUAAAAUUAAGCUAUAAGUUAGUUUAUAACUGAAAAGCUAGUAGAAUGAUGAUAUUAAAGUAUGGAAAUAUUCGCCCUACAAUAAUUAAAAAAAUCACGGCAACGUUGUGACCGAGAUGCAAAGCAUUAUACUAGUUUACGUUAAAGAUAUUGUUGUUGUUCCAUUGUUAUUAUUAUAGUGUGAGAAAAGUAUGAUCCUGGGAAUAAUCAUCCGCUGAUCUUGUAUUAUGUGUUUAA